AUGCUCUCCUAUGCGAUUCCUCUUUACUUAUGCUUGAUCUCAAGUGAGGCUUUAUCAACAACAAAAACAUCGUUCCCAAGGGCAAUUUUUACGAAGGAAAACUCGAGAUUGAAGGGAUACUCUUUUAAAUGGCAUGUGACCUCCAGCCAGAUAUCAUGCACUCAAGCUUGCCUCAGGAACCCAAGAUGCUACUCAACAAACUUCAAAGAAACUGGACUACAUGGUGCCAGACAAGAAGGCACGUGUGAGUUGAACACUGAAAGCCCGUUGGAUCUGAUAAGUUUGGAAAAGGAUUUACAUUAUGAAUUUGGAAGUUUGUAGGCUUCAUACUCAAGAGACAACAUGGUGAGUUUGCUCUUAAGUUCUCUUUCAUUCCUUAUUCUUGUCGCUUUUUACCUUUUCUUUUUAUUUGAGCGUCAUUUUUAGGGCCCUUUACCUUUCUCUAAGAUGUUUUUUGGCCAUAGAAAAAAGCAAAGUCUCGGUGAUGCAAAUGAUCUAGCCACUCUGCGGGGUUCAGGACGUAACGUUAUUAUGAAUCACAGCUGUUUGCACUUUUCCAAACUUAUAUUCUGUUGUUCCAUAAAAGUGAAAGCCAUGGGUUUGCUUACCCCUCACAGCUACAUAGGUAGUAUUACAGAGGGUCUAUGAUCCUCUUAGAUUCUUAUUGUUAGGGUAAAGAAUUUGUAACAGUAUAGCUCUGGAUCUAACCUGAUAAUCAACAAACGGACCGUUUUGUAUAGUUUAUAUUUAUCACCUGUGUGUCCCAGGCAUUAUUUAAGUUUUACUCUUUUCAUAUCGACUACCUCAGCCAUUCUUGGUCUCAUUUUCCGGCAGCAAUUACACGUUAUAUUUUUAAAGCCCAUAAAUUUAAGUUAGUGGAACUUUAAUGAUCGCUGGACACAUAAUCUGUAAUGCACACAAUUAUUUGCUUUAUUGGCCACUCGCAUCGAUUCCACUUUAAAAAAAAGGAUAUAUUAAAUUCGCAGUAAUAGAGAGGUUUUCAUUUAUGAGGUUAAAAGCACGAACUUUAUUGGAAAAAAAUUCCAGCAAUCUGCAGAAACUCGAUCGCCUGGAAUAUCACCUGACUCUCAUUAAAAUAACUCUUUUUCUUAAACUCACCUAGUUUCUAUUUUAAAAGAGAGGGAAUAUAAACAAGAUCAGUUAUUCACAACCGGUGUAGGUUGACAAGAGGGCUAAAUGAAAAUGGCACAUAUCGGAAAUACUGUGAAUAGGAAAUAAAAUUAUUCGGUGUUUUUUUCCUUCCAAAUUUUAAUGAAACCUCAUUUGUCACCCGCUCAGAACUUAGCAGAUAUCACAACCACGUACCCCAUCUGAAAUUUGACUCAUUAUGCAUUAAAACAUCUAUUAAAUAUAAUUUCUGCUGAGGAGGUCAGAAAUUAAGGCUUUCUGUCUCAAACCUUUUUUUUUCUAAUCCAUCCAAGAACAUCAAAUACGCACAGCAUGCAUAUGGAGACGGGUCACAUAGUCGGGCCUAAAACAAAAACUUAUAAACACACGUAUCUUGAAGUAUAUCUGAAAACCAAAACAAGGAUAUAUAACAACCUUUUUGCCACAAUGACUUUCUAAAAGAUAAAGGGUAAAUGAAAGGGUGAAAAUUAGGGACCAUUUCAGUACAAAAGUUUCAAAUGCUCAUGUAAUAUCUGCUCCAUUAAAGUGACAAAGAAAACAGUGUCGAAAACAUUCUGUAGUUCCGUAAAUAUAAUUUCUGACUAGAAGGCAGAAUUUCAGUGAUAAACGCGAAAUUCAGCCCUUUUACUGUAUGUCAAUUUGAUUCAAAAUCGCGAUGAUAAAUGCUCUUUUUUAUCACGGAUUUUUUAAGUGGAUAAGAAAAAAAGAAAACAAAUAUUUGACUUUCAUAACUAAUAAAUUUAGGUUAAUUAUCUUAAUUAAAAAAACUGCAUUUGUUCCAGCCAAAAUAGACGUCGUAUUUGAAUUAAGAUUUGUUUAGUUUGACUAGAAUCUAAAAAUUUAACGGAAAUAGUUCUCCUUUUUUUUAGCCGAUAAGAAGCUGGAAAAAAAAUAUAUCAUUCUGCCCUCGCGCUGGGGUAGUCAGGAGUUAAAGACUAAAAAAAAUAUUUUAUAUCCAAAUUAAAUCGUCCUACUUUCCAAAAAUUACUAACUUGAAAAAAAAAAAAGAAAAAAACAAAAAACAAAGGAAGAAGAACAAAAAGGAAAAAACAAAAAACAAAAGAAACAAUAGCAACAACAACAACAACAAACGAAAUUGCACAUAUUUAGACAUUUUUGAUGAUUGUGACGCUGUCGCCAUUUAGCUACGUUUCCGGAUUUACAAUGUUUCUAAAUGGAGGUUUUCGGGAAAAUAUUUUCGAUAUAUUUUCUUAUAUUUUAUGGAAAGAGUAGAUCUUGGGGAAAGCAAAUAGAAUCUGAAGUCGUUCGCAGGUAAUAAACUUCAUUUACGAGGAAAGUUCCAUUUAUAGUUUAAAUUUCGAUCUUUUAAUGUUGCUCCUAUCUCAAAUGCAUGGUUAUCUCCUAUUUCCUGUUUAGAUUUAACAACCACGAACUCUGAAAUUUUACAUUGAUAGAAUUACAAUCCAGUGAAGUCCAACGAAGGUUACCAGGCGCUCUAGCCAAUUCCACAACUCAAUGGUGAAUUUGCGAUGGAAUCUAAAGGGGCUCGCCAAAUAUGCCGUAAAUGACCUAAUAAACGCUUUUUUCCAAAUGAACGCCUCUUAUCUAAUAGACACGACCUCUACGCUCUUAAAAUUGUCUUAGACGCCCCUCUCUAAACGCCCCGCAUGAGAAUUGUACUCUAAAAUACUAAGAAUUGGAAAGAAAGGAGCAAAAUCAUUUCAUACAUUCAGCUUCUUGCUUGAUUAACAAGGCUUUGUGUAUUUCGUUUCAUUGUUCAAUGUCAAGUUCAAAGUAAGGAUAGACUAACGAUGGCAACACAAAAACCCUGAACGAGGAUUCUGACAUCGGUGUUGGGAUUUGAAAGAGCGAUAUGGAUCUCUUGACGGCCUAGACGUAACAAUUGAUGGAGUGGAUAUUCCGCUAUUUUAAAGCUAAGCUUUCUUGAUAUUUUUUCUGAAAGCAUAUUACUUCUGUGGUGCUUUUUACAGUUUUGGGAAUAAACGCCUCUGUAUUUUAAACGCUUCCUAUCUAUUAAACGCCCCCACUUGGACCCCUUGAAUGAAAUAGACGCCCCGGGCGUUUAUUACAUGUAGGUGAUUUACGGUAGCGGCCUGAGAUUGCUACCUUCCACAAAAGAGAAACUAUGUUUAUAAAAAGUAAUGAUAGUGAUGAUUUAAUCAUGACUUUUCAGUGUAUCUCCACAUUUUAUCUUAGGAUGACUGUCGAUGGAUUGGAUGCCAAAACAAUGGUGCUUGUGUAAAAAUAAACGAAGAAUAUACCUGCGAGUGUGGUGUCCAGUGGAUUGGGAAAUUUUGCGAAACAAAAAACAGUGAGUAUGAUUAGAGUUAUUUAUCCUUAGCCUGUGUACAAGCUCUUCAUUUAAGAAUCGAUUGCAAGCUAGCGAAGGUUCUUUCACAGCUUGACGGCGCGGGAUCUUACAUUAGAGAGAUUAGAGUUACGUUUGCGGCAAACGGCAAACGUCAGAUUCAAGUUGUGACUUUCUUAAAAUACAAAACGUGCAGCUAAAAAAAUAGCCUUUGUGGCAGGCGCAAAAAGGGGAGGGAGAGGGGGAUAGAGGGAGAAAAGCACUAAAGAGGGGAAAGGGAAGGGAGCGCCUGCUAUAAGAGCCGGUGUUUUUGUAAUCCGCCCACCAUUUUCUCAACUAAUCCGAUCAUGUCACUGUCAAUACGUGACCAAUCACAAGUACGGGGCUUCUAAGCAUGGUUCGAACUUAAUUACUUUGUUUAUCGGAAAUUGUCAAGUUGAGACGCUUUUUUCAUGUGAUAUCAUAAUCGAGCGAAAUGAAACAUUUUUACUGUUCUUGCUCCCGCAGCAAACACGACAAACAUAGACUACGAGCAGUCUCUCAUUUUUUUACUGCUCGCAGUCUACGACAAACAAUGAUCAGUUUCGUGUGAAUACACAAGACCUUUUAUCUUACAACCUCAUCAAGCACUGUGAUGGUCACAAAGAACAGAACACUGGCCAGCCUGAGACAAGAAUAAUGAAAGUAAAGGAGAAUUAUAAACAAUUGUCAAAAUGCUCAACGGAUAGUUUUUACCAAAGCUUCAGCUCUCUCUUUGCAAACCAUUUAAAACUCCAUUCAAGACGGUAUAUGUUUUUGCGGAAAAGGAGGUCUUUUGAAUAUCGGCAUUGCAGAUGUCUGGUAAGAAUCGCAAUCGCUUUGAAUCGCUGCUCAGUGUUUGGACAAAUCCAGUAUACAAAACCUCCUGAGCAUCUCUGCCUGCUAAACAAGCUGUUACAGUCGGUUUUAGUUCGGGUUUUAUCGUGAAGUGGCUACGUGAUUGGAGUAAUUUUGAUCAUCCAAAGCUUAUGCCAGUAGAACACAUUUUCUUGAUGCCUUCGUCAUGUUUGUCUCUCACACUAAUACACGCCAGGAUACACGCCAAUAAGUUACUCAUUACGGCGCAGCCAAUCAGGAAUUUACGGACGCCAGCGCCCGCAGAAAUGAAUAAAAGGGGGUUCUUAAAGCAGGCGUCCCUUCCCCUCUCUCCCAUACCUCCUCCCUUUUUCCCCUUUUCCCUAUCCCCUACCCCUUUCGACGCCUGCUACGUAGGCUACUAAAAAAAACAGUCCAAACAAAUUUCUCUGGACAAAACUAACGUGAAGCGACGAAUUUUGAGGUGGAACUUAAUUAACAGAAAAGUACAAGUUUUAAAAGGUAAAGCUUGACCACGUGGUACAAAUUCACUUUUGCCGUAAACGUGAGUCUAAAUCUCUUUAAUCUCGUUAUUUUCAAAUAAGGUGCUUGCUGACAAGCUUUCCAUCACUGUUUCGUUGCAGUUUUUGUUUACAACUUUGCUCGGGAAAAGUGCAAGAAAAUGAAACGGGUUAUCAUUGAAAGAACAAGAAACGUUAUACUUAAAAAAAAAUUCCAUUAGUUUUGAAUGCUAGGGUUUAUGUUUUAAUAAUAUUAAUCACGUUUGACGCAUAUUCCUUGUUUUCCAGAAGAAAAAAAAAACACAUAGGUUUCUUUUUACCUAAAUUUAAGCUAAUUGAUGGUGCUGUAUUAGAUUGCCCCUAUAGAGGUGAUAUUAUUAAACGAUUUUCGCUUUGCAUUUACCAUAUUCAAAAAUCUAAAAUUGAAAUGAUUUUCUCUGGGUUCAAAGGAAGAGUAAAAACAAAAUUAAUGACAAAUGUAAUGCACUGAAUUUCGAAAGAAUGGCUUACUUAACGAUCAUUUUACUUUUCUCAAGGAAUGUAUCAUAACACACAACUAGCCAGGUCAUGCUAAGGAAGGUCUUACAAAAGUAACUGCGACACGAAAUUGGCUCCUGUUUUCAAACAUGUUUUACGUGGUUUUGUAGCUUCAUUUGUUUAUAUCUCAUAAAGGGAGAAGAAAUCCGGUUGAUAGAACAUGAAACUGUUUCUUUCCUUUGCCCUCAAAAAGGCCUUAAUAAAAUUAUAAAUCAGAGACUGCUAAAUNUGAUUUUCUCUGGGUUCAAAGGAAGAGUAAAAACAAAAUUAAUGACAAAUGUAAUGCACUGAAUUUCGAAAGAAUGGCUUACUUAACGAUCAUUUUACUUUUCUCAAGGAAUGUAUCAUAACACACAACUAGCCAGGUCAUGCUAAGGAAGGUCUUACAAAAGUAACUGCGACACGAAAUUGGCUCCUGUUUUCAAACAUGUUUUACGUGGUUUUGUAGCUUCAUUUGUUUAUAUCUCAUAAAGGGAGAAGAAAUCCGGUUGAUAGAACAUGAAACUGUUUCUUUCCUUUGCCCUCAAAAAGGCCUUAAUAAAAUUAUAAAUCAGAGACUGCUAAAUUUAUAAACAGAAAUUAAUGAUCGGGCAAAGUGUGUCAAGCACCAAUAUCUGGGAUUGACAAUAAUCCCUUGUGUUUUUAUAACGGCAGCCUUAAUCCUUUAAAAAUUGUAACUUAAAACAAGUGUCGAAACCAAUACACCCUUAAUUCAUGUCGCCUUUUAUGAAAAAUAAAGAGCUGGUUGCAUCUUGAUGUAGCCUGCUGCAUUGCAGCCGUCCCUCCGGGCCGUAAAGUUUAUUGCCUUACUUCAGCGAGUUACAAAUUACAAAUGUGAAUUCUUCCACCUCAUCUUCCGAAAUCAUCCUACUUCGCUUUUCAAAAACACGCGAAUUGUGAAGUUCAAAAGCAUUACUCGAUCUAUUAGAAAACAUAAUGUUACUUCAACGGGUUCAAAAAGUGUGAUUUGUGAUUGGUGGAUUUCCAUCAAUUUUGUGUUUCAGUGUUUCAAGGUUCUUGCUUGUGAUCAAAAUAACGAUUGACGGCAGCGAAAAAAGAAUUCGCGUAUUUUCGAAAAGCACAUGUAAGACAAGUUUUGACAGUUUUGGUUCAUUACUAGGGUGGUACGACUUCACGACGCUGAGAGCCACAGGAAAGAAUGGUCCAGUUAGUGCUGCAGGAUAUAAAGGCACUUUACUCCAGGAGGUAUAUGUCACUAACGGUGUCCAAGAGUGGCAGGUGCCAAUCACAGGAAAGUACAGUGUAGAAGCUUGCGGAGCAUCAGGAGGGGACGGAAUUUUGCCCAAGAAAAGGGGAAAAGGAGCAAAAGUCAGUGGCGUAAUAACAUUGUCAAAGGGAGAUAAGUUAGCCAUACUGGUGGGACAAAAGGGGUCAACACAGGAUAAAAGCCACCCAGGAAGUGGGGGUGGGGCAACGUUUGUUUAUCGUCCACCGAACAAACAUGUCCUUAUUCUUGUGGUUGGCGGGGGAGGGGGUGGUGGGAAAGAAGAUGGUCUACCUGGGAAUGAUUCACCGGAUGGCAGUGGUUCCGUUGACACGAGAGGUACUAAUGGGGGUGGUGGUAAGGUUUGUCGAGAUGCAAACUUUAUACCAAACUCUGGGGCUGGGGCUGGUUAUCUUAAUAACGGGGGUUGCCUUGAAGAUGGCAAGUAUUGCGGGGCAGUGCACUGUAGUAAAGGGGGAAUUUCUUUGGGUAAGGGUGGAGAAAGUACCACGAAUUGCGAUGGUGGGUUCGGCGGGGAAGGAGCUUGUGAUAACUUUCACGGGGGAGGAGGUAGAUAUUCAGGGGGUGGAGUAUCAAGUGACAAGGUGGCGGGAGGAGGUGGAUCAUACACGCCUGAUGAUGCAUGGGAAGUGAUAAAAGGAGGCUGUGAAGAUGAUGGUUACGUUUCCUUUACCGCAGAAGAUUGA